UGUGGUUGGGACAAGUUAUCUCAAACUUUCGGUGUGUUUGUUCUUUUCAAAGCCCUAUAUAUAAAUCUCACCUCUUUCCUUCUCUUUUUACACUCUCUUAAGAUCAAAACCCAUCCCUUCUUCUCAAAUUUUAGAACUUCCCCUGUUUUUGUUUCUAAACAUCCCACCAAGUUUCUUGGCUCAUUCUUCAAAAUCCUGAUUUGGAAUCAAAAGGGUUUGUGGGGAAUCUGGUUGACUCGAUACCCAGAACUUCAAAACGACAUUUUUACAGACAAUGAUUCUUGAACUGAACAGGUUCAUCAGCAGCCUGUGGAGCUUUCACUCUGUUUUCGACAAAAAAUCUAUCGUCGAUAAGAGCUUCUAUUUCUGGAUCUUCCACAUUUUCAAUAGAAACAGCUUCAAUACUUAGCCGAAAAACGCAGAAACCCCAUCAAAAAACACUUCAUUUCCCCUUAUUUCGCUGUUUCUUUGUUUUUCUUUAGAGAAUGGGAAGUGCUUCUCUUCCACCAGGCUUCAGAUUUCACCCAACAGAUGAAGAAUUGGUGGGUUAUUAUCUCAAGAGAAAAGUUGAAGGACUUCCAAUUGAGCUUGAAGUCAUUCCUGUUAUUGAUUUGUACAAAUUUGAUCCUUGGGAACUCCCAGAGAAAUCAUUCCUUCCAAAACGAGAUAUGGAGUGGUUUUUCUUCUGUCCACGCGAUCGAAAAUACCCUAAUGGAUCAAGAACUAAUAGAGCUACCAAAGCUGGCUACUGGAAAGCCACCGGAAAAGACAGGAAGAUCCACUGCCAAUCUUCUGUCAUAGGAUACCGAAAGACCCUCGUUUUUUAUCGUGGUCGAGCGCCGUUAGGCGAUCGAAUGGAUUGGGUUAUGCACGAGUAUCGACUUUGUGAUGAUUUCUCUCAUGGAACUCCUAACUUGAAGGGUGCUUUUGCUUUGUGUCGAAUUCUGAAAAGGAAAGAACAAACACAUAAAAAGGAGAAUCAUCGAGAUCCGAAAGGUAAUGUCGUUGGCACCAGUCGGGCUCAUGAAGAUUCUACGUCGACAAGACUAGUCGUUGCAAAUGAAAUGUCGAACAAUUCGUCUCAGACAAAUUUCCUCGCAGAUGGGAGUUGUUUGUCGAGCUUGAUGACAACCUCGUAUGAUACGAAUCCGAUGUCUCUAUAUAGCACAACCAUUAUGGAGACAGAUCCUGAAAAGAUAUGGAUCUCACCUGAUUUGAUUCUUGACUCAUCCAAGGACUAUCCUGAAAUGGAAGGAGCUAUGUCUGUAUGCUUUCCUCAGUUCGAGUAUUUGGGUUCGACAAUGCGUUGGCAGUCAUACGAGCACACCGAAAUGUCUCCGAGUUCAUCGUACUCGAAUUACACAGCCGACAUUGAGCUUGAAGACCAUACUCAACACAUAAACUAUAUGCAAUGAACAAGGUUUUGACCUUAAGAGGGGAAAAACACAGUACAAAGAUCGUUCGGCCUAGCUUUUGAAUUCAUUGGUGGUUUAACAUGAUGUCAGGUCAAAAACAUUACGUGAGAUUGAAAUCUCAACGGGUCCCGAAGCCAACACCUUUUAUUGUCGGUCUUCGAUACGGGAAUAAAGGGGAGUGUUAUUCUAGAAUCUUGACCA